AUUUCGCCGCGCGCCUUACGUCGUCUCGUGAUUUUCCAUACUUCCACGUCUCCUUUCCACGAUGCCUGUCUUUGGGCAUCUAUCCGCGUCGAGAGCCUGUCUCUGGGCGGAUCGUCGCAAUCCUGUUAUCCUUCCCGUUCCCGAUGCCAAUCUCUCUAGGCAUCUAUCCGCGUCGAUAGCCUGUCUCUGGGCGGUCGUCGAAACUAAAACCUAUUUCGCCGCGCGCCUUACGUCGUCUCGUGAUUUUCCAUAUCUCCACACGUCUCCUUUCCACGAUGCCUGUCUUUGGGCAUCUAUCCGCGUCGAGAGCCUGUCUCUGGGCGGAUCGUCGCAAUCCUGUUAUCCUUCCCGUUCCCGAUGCCAAUCUCUCUAGGCAUCUAUCCGCGUCGAUAGCCUGUCUCUGGGCGGUCGUCGAAAUUAAAACCUAUUUCGCCGCGCGCCUUACGUCGUCUCGUGAUUUUCCAUACUUCCACGUCUCCUUUCCACGAUGCCUGUCUUUGGGCAUCUAUCCGCGUCGAGAGCCUGUCUCUGGGCGGAUCGUCGCAAUCCUGUUAUCCUUCCCGUUCCCGAUGCCAAUCUCUCUAGGCAUCUAUCCGCGUCGAUAGCCUGUCUCUGGGCGGUCGUCGAAAUUAAAACCUAUUUCGCCGCGCGCCUUACGUCGUCUCGUGAUUUUCCAUACUUCCACGUCUCCUUUCCACGAUGCCUGUCUUUGGGCAUCUAUCCGCGUCGAGAGCCUGUCUCUGGGCGGAUCGUCGCAAUCCUGUUAUCCUUCCCGUUCUCGAUGCCUGUCUUUGGGCAUCUAUCCGCGUCGAUAGCCUGUCUCUGGGCGGUCGUCGAAACGAAAACCUAUUUCGCCGCGCGCCUUACGUCGUCUCGUGAUUUGGUGACUUGUUUUUCCACGCCUCCACACUUCUCGUCUUUGCGAAGAGUGUCUCUGGGCAUCUAAUCUUUGUCUAAUACUGCUGUAUAUGAUUUUAAAUCUCAUAUAUAAUAAAAUAGAUAAUAAAUAUAGAAUAAAAUAAAAAUAAACGAACAGCAGCCGGUUCGUCGCGUCGUGCGUUUGCUUCGGGAGUGCCGUUCAUGUAAAUGGACUAAAAGGGCUUUUCUGAUAAUUCUCACGAUACAACUCGAUUAAGUAAUACCGCUCAUUAUUCUCAGCUGUUUUUAUCUAAAAUAAAAAAAUAGAAACGUUCGUAAUAAACGCACAAUAGAAUGAAAUAUUUUGGAAAAUCGUGAAUAAUUAAAAAUAAAUUUAAGAAACUAAAUCUUAUUUCGCCGCGCGCCUUACGUCGUCUCGUAUUUUCGCGACUUAUUUUUUCAUGCCUCCACACUUCUCGUUUCCGCGAUGAGUGUCUCUGGCAUCUAUCCGCGUCAAGGGCCUGUCUCUGAGUGAUCUUUGGUCGAAAUCCAUCUGUUUCAGACUUUUCCUGUUAGGUCAUGUUAUAGGAAAGAGGAGGUUUUAGUAGGUAGGCGGCGGUGAGGCUUUUCGUCCGACGUGCCUUCCGUUGAAUCCUACACUCUCCUGGUCUUUCGGAGAGUCUUUUGAAGAUUUCCUCCUCUAUAAAAAA